CAUUGAGCCGGGUUUUGUAUAUGCUUUGCUGCCUAUUUUCUUGAAUGAUAUACAGCAAAUCCCUUAUCCCCUUUCCUUGGAAACUCAAUCAAGUCCAAAAAUGGCACCACUCUAAUCAAAGGCUCAAAGCCCCCAAACCCAAACUCAAUAUAUAUUAUCAUGCCAUUACCCACCACAAUCAUAACCAUAACACCACCGCCCACCUCCUGCCCUGCUCCAAUUUUCCCACCAAAUCGCCCUCAUUUCCCGCCCAGAAAUCUGUUUACUACAAAAGCCAUCCUCCACAACCACAGACCAACAAUGGCAAAUCUUUCUGGGUUCGGUUUCAGUAUUGGGUCCCGACUGGUGGCUUCUUCCGGUACUAGUGGCAGUGUUGCCGAUGAUGAGGUGCGCACCCUGAUUGAGUAUGCGUCCGGCGAGGGAGGUGCCACUGUAGGAGAUGAUCUGGUGCUUCUGUUCCACCACUUACAGUACGCCUGCAAGAGAAUCGCAGCUCUUGUAGCUUCUCCUUUCAAUUCCAGCCUUGGAAAGCACAAGGGUCUCGCUGGCGGCGGCGCUUCGGCUGCUGGGUCAGGCCGGGAUGCACCGAAGCCUCUCGAUAUCGUUUCGAAUGAAAUCAUCUUGUCAUCUCUUAAAAAUUCUGGAAAAGUAGCUGUCAUGGCUUCAGAAGAAGAUGAUACUCCAAUUUGGAUAACCGAUGAUGGCCCAUUUGUGGUGGUAACGGAUCCUCUAGAUGGUUCUCGAAAUAUUGAUGCGUCCAUUCCCACUGGAACCAUUUUUGGGAUUUAUAAACGCCUUCCGGAGCUGGAUCAUCUACCAAAGGAGGAGAAGGCUUUGCUGAAUUCACUCCAGAAGGGAACUAAUCUUGUUGCUGCCGGCUAUGUUCUUUAUUCAUCUGCCACAAUAUUCUGCACCAGCUUUGGUUCAGGAACACAUGCAUUCACACUGGAUCAUUCAACAGGAGAUUUCAUUCUCACACACCCAAGCUUAAAAAUUCCUCCUCAAGGGCAAAUAUAUUCUGUAAAUGAUGCUCGAUAUUUUGACUGGCCCAACGGAUUAAGGCAAUACAUAGACACUGUGAGACAAGGGAAAGGCAGAUACCCCAAGAAGUACUCUGCACGUUAUAUCUGUUCUCUGGUAGCAGAUUUUCAUCGAACUCUACUGUAUGGUGGAGUGACAAUGAAUCCAAGGGACCACCUUCGUCUGGUUUACGAAGCCAACCCUCUUAGUUUUCUGGUGGAGCAAGCCGGGGGCAAAGGUUCUGAUGGUAAAAGUAGAAUUCUAUCGAUUCAGCCAGUCAAGCUGCACCAAAGGCUGCCUCUGUUCUUGGGGAGUUUGGAGGACAUGGAAGAGUUAGAGAGUUACGGAGAUGUGCAACAGAAAGUGAACCCGGGAUACGAGGUUUGACAACAUCAAUAGGCUGAUCUCACAAAAUCCAGUGGAUAUAUCGUCUGAGUAAAACCUGGGAAUGGCUUAUUUUCUUGGUCACAAAGGUCUUAACUGUGAUUUCUGAAGCUGUGUGAUUCCUCGUUUCCUCGGAAACUAAAUGUCAUGAAGAGUGUAGCUGUGAAAAACCAGGUGACAUGAAUAUCUUCUGUAUGUGAUUUAUCAUGUAAAGAAGACUAGUUUGUAUGAUAUCUUCCUGUAAUUAAGAAGUCCUGUUUGAGCAAAAAGUUGCCCAGAAUUGAUGACUCUUUCUUUAUCUCAUUGAAGUGCAGCAGGUAAAUGAUUUUUGGCUAAA